AUGAGAAGAAAUAAAAUGGGGAAGGAAGAGAGAAUUUCUCUUUGUGAGAAGGGCAUGGGAAUAACCUACCUUAGUUUCCAAACUGGAAUGGUGUUGUCAUUAGGGCUGAUGUGGUUCUUAAAUUCUACAUCAGCCUCAUGGUUGAUGGCAGAAAAUCAUCACCCCAGUGAGGGAUGGAGGCGAGUCCAUUGUGAGGGGGAGGGGGCUCCUAAAUCCUGUCCCAUGUGGUUGGUGGUUUUCUUAUAUUCACUUAAGAAAAGGACUUUUAUGGACUUCCCUGGUGAUCCAGGACUUCCCUCAUAG